AGCUAAUCCCUCCAUAUUCACAGCCCAAGUUUUCCUGACACUCUGCACUGAAUUAUCACAAUAGUAUCAUUAUAUUCUCCUAAACAUUCUACCACCCUGUUGUUUUGUCCCAAUGUAUACACCCCAUGAAGCUUUUCCUCCGGCCCCACAACCGCCUACACCGUCAACUUUUCAAUCACGCGUUCACACCACCCAGACUUUUCUUUCUCCCCACGCUUCUACUUCUACUACCGAACACCGCUAGUAACCGCCCCCCCCCCCCCCCACCCCCCAAUACUCCUCGUAAAAGGCAGACCUUAGCAUUUCCCUACAAGUCACCCGACACAUUAGACUCCGAAAUGUCCCCUACAAGAACUCCCGAGAACCAUACCAACACUGAGACCACCGAUGUUCUUGUCGUGGGAGCUGGCCCUGCCGGCCUCAUGCUUGCGGCACAACUCGUUCGAGCAGGAACUCCCAUUAAAAUAAUCGAUGAGCGGGUCAGCAAGACCACCACCGGACGAGCAGAUGGCCUCCAACCAAAGACACUCGAGACCUUCAAACAACUCGGGAUUGCCGAUGGAAUAUUAAGAAAGGGUGUCAAGAUCUAUGAUUACUCCUUCUGGAAUUCCUACCCCGACAAAAAGCUUCAUCGCACCAAUCGCGAUUUUCACUUCCCGCCGGUAGUGGACGUAUUGGAGCCGUAUAUUCUACUUGUGCAUCAGGGAAUGAUUGAGGAAUUGUUCCUGGAGGACAUGGAGGCUCGGGAUGUCCGCGUUCAACGGUCGAGCACAUUUGAUUCGUACAUCCUUGACGAAAACCCGAAUGCUGAAUAUCCCGUCAUCGCCAAGUACAAGCACAACGGAAGAGACAGGAUUACCAGGGCAAGGUAUCUUAUCGGGUGCGAUGGUGCGCAUAGUGCCGUCAGACGUAGUAUGCCAGGAAACAAGAUGCAGGGUGAGAGUGUGGAUGUGUUUUGGGGAGUCUUGGACGGGGUUAUUGAGACGGAUUUCCCGGAUUUAUGGAGCAAAUGCAUUAUUUCUUCCCACGACAAAGGAACUAUUCUGUCUAUUCCCCGGGAGAGGAACAUGACCCGUCUCUACAUUGAGCUCAGCACCGGCUCAGAAAGCACAAUAUCCAAGGCUAUUGCGAAUCAAGAUUUUGUCAUGGCCCGCGGGAAAGAAAUACUUGCGCCAUUCAGCGUGGACUGGAAGAGUGUUGAAUGGUUUGGCUGUUACCAAAUUGGCCAAAGAAUCGCGUCAAAUUUCUCUCACGCAAACCGUGUUUUCAUCGCCGGAGAUGCCUCUCACACCCAUUCGCCCAAAGCCGCGCAAGGAAUGAAUGUUUCCAUGCAUGACACUUUCAAUCUCGCUUGGAAACUAUCCUUAGUGCUGAACUCUGUUUCACCAACCUCUCUUCUAGAGUCCUACCCGGCAGAGCGCCGCAAGAUUGCUCAAGAUCUUAUAUCCUUCGAUUACGAGCAUGCAAACGCUUUCGUAAAGAACGACCAAGUAGCCCUUGCGGAAAACUUUACCAAAAACAUUCGCUUUAUUUCCGGUGUAGGCGCAAUCUAUGAUGCCAAUACCCCCCUCACAACUCCUUGUUCAACAUCCGGGCUCGGAUUGAUCCCCGGAGAACUACUUCUUCCGGCCAGAGCCACCCGAUAUAUAGAUACGAAUCCGGUAGAUAUUCAGUUGGAUAUUCCACUAAGGAACCAGUUCAGAGUAUACUUUCUUACAAGCGACUACCACUCUGCCCUCCAACUACUCUCGGAGAUCUGUGAGGGAAUCUCAGCCCCGAACACUGUCAUCUCCCGGGCCUCCAAGAACUCCCUUCUCGCGCCAUACUCCCCUCCGAAAGUCGAAGCCGACGAGUAUAUUCAACCUGAUCGUUACAUUAUCCCCAACCUUUCCCGUAUCUUCACCUUCGGUGCCAUCACACAAAGCCCACAAAAGGCUAUUGAAUUUACAGACUUGCCAACACUACUUAGGCCCUACAAGUGGACUUUGUAUAACGAUGAUUUGGGGGAAAACGUCAGCCCUACAAAGAAGUGGGCAGGUAAGCGCGGUCUAAGUAGCGGUGAGGUAAUGACCACUGUGGUUAGGCCUGAUGGAUACGUCGGUGGCGCGGAGGUUUGGGGACAGGGCAUGGGCAAGAAGGCUGUUGGCUGGCUGGAGGAAUACUUUGGGGGUGUACUGGCCGUUUGAUUGUUAGAUAUUGUUAGAUAUGUUUCAGAGCAUCCGCACAUGUUUAGUUAACAACUUGCUUGAGAAUCUUU